UUUUCAAGCAAACUGCUAAAAAUUUCUAUCUUUUUUCUCUCUCUCUAUAAGGGCUCUGCUUCUUCUACAAGAGCCGAAACAAUUAUACCAUGACAUUAAAAUCCAGAUUUUAUUCAUUCAUUUUCGUAUUUUUGGUUUAAAAGUAAAGUUUUUUCCUCCAUUAAAACGGAAAAUGUGAUCUGGGUUUUUCAUAGAAAGGAUUAAAACAAUCGGAGAGAGAAUUACAAUUUUUGAUUUUUCAUUUGGUGUAUGAGAUGGGUCUGGUUGAUUCUUUGUUAGGAAAAGAUGCAAGGAAAUUUCUCAAACGGAAAGAUAGUGAUGCUGCAGAAGCAGGAAGAGCUUUGGAAGAACUCAGAAGUUCUUUAUACAAUGAGCUUAAAACAUCAGAAGGAGCAAAACGGCAACAACAGAGAUUUUGUGGCCCUGUUGUUGCAAUGUCCUUCAAUUUCUUUGUUGCUGUUGGAAUCAUCCUUGCCAAUAAAUUAGUGAUGGGAAGAGUUGGAUUCAAUUUUCCAAUCUUUUUAACAUUGAUUCACUAUACUGUUGCUUGGAUUCUUCUAGCUUUCUUCAAGUCUCUCUCUUUGCUUCCAAUGUCUCCUCCUUCAAAGACUACACCUUUCUCAUCUCUCUUCUCUCUUGGAGCUGUCAUGGCCUUUGCUUCUGGACUCGCUAAUACCAGUCUCAAACACAACAGCGUUGGAUUCUAUCAGAUGGCUAAGAUCGCUGUGACACCAACGAUUGUUCUUGCAGAGUUUGUUCUCUUCAAGAAAACCAUUUCUUCCACCAAGGUCAUGGCAUUAGCUGUAGUAUCUCUAGGUGUGGCAAUCGCGACAGUCACUGAUCUAGAAUUCAAUUUGUUCGGCGCAUUGGUUGCUGUUGCUUGGAUUAUCCCAAGUGCCAUCAAUAAAAUACUCUGGUCUAAUCUUCAGCAACAAGCUAAUUGGACUGCCCUAGCAUUGAUGUGGAAGACAACACCGUUUACUGUUUUCUUCUUAUUGGCGCUUAUGCCAUGGCUUGACCCGCCUGGAGUUUUGCUGUUCAAAUGGGAUUUAGCUAACUCUUCAGCAAUCCUCGUCUCAGCUCUUCUCGGCUUUCUACUCCAAUGGUCUGGUGCACUCGCUCUCGGAGCAACCUCGGCAACAUCUCAUGUAGUAUUAGGGCAAUUCAAGACAUGUGUCAUCUUGCUUGGAGGUUACGUUAUCUUCGGCUCCGAUCCUGGUUUCAUCAGCAUCUGCGGCGCUGUGGCGGCUCUUGCCGGCAUGUCUGUCUACACGUGGCUCAAUCUUCCGGGGAAAUCCAUCGAUCACGUUUCAAAUAAGCAGCUUCCAAAGCAAAACGUUACCGUUUCAAAACCUAAAGCCGAAGCUGACGACGGAGGAGGAGAGACCGGAGUAACCGUAGUUUCUGUUGACCCUCUUCUCUCCAAGACAAUAACUGCAAAUAUCGUAUAGUUUUGUAAUUUAAUUAGAGGCCAAAGAGAAAAAAUGAGUUUACUUUUUUUUUUCCUUCAGGUUUAGUUUGUAAAAUUGGUUCAAUUUUAUUAUAUUAGUAUAUUUUGAUAUCAAAUUAGUUUAGUAAAAGAUACUAAUAAAAUAUUUUGAUAUCGUAAUGUGGCAAGAGGGUUUGAAGGGUUUA